ACCUCUGAUCCAAAAUUUCAACGAUCUUGAGGCGGCGAAUCCAACUUCUCAAUCUUCGCAUUCGUCGAUUUUCAAUUUUGAUUUGACUAGCUCUUGUAGAGUUGUAGGGUUUUCGGGAAUUCCCCUCGUCCUCUCGGAGAAGCUGAAUUGGUUCGAAUUGCGUAAGGAUUGAAUUGGAAGAGGAGUAAGAGGAGGACGUAGAGGAACGAGAGAGAGAAAUAAAGAAGACGAUGAAGGCGAUGAAGACGAUACAGGAUCUGAUCGAGGAGGCUAAAGUACGGACUGUGUGGUGGGGCUUGUGCGUUUUCUUCGUCACUUACUUCUUGACCCAUACGAGUACGUCUAUGUGGAUGAAUUUACCAAUGGCAAUCCUCAUUGUUUGUGGUCUACGGAUUUUGUCUAAUGAGGUUGAGUUCCACUGGAAAGUUAAGCCAGCUCCCAGUAAAAGUCGUUUGUCUUAUCUCGUGAACAAGCAGAUACCGUUGAAUGAUCCACGUCUUUCUUGUGCACUGCCUCCUCCAAUGUGGAAAAAGAAGAUCGACUCUCCAGUAGUUGAAGCUGCAAUAAAUGAGUUUGUCGAUAAAAUCCUAAAGGAUUUUGUGGUAGAUUUGUGGUACUCUGAAAUUUCCCAGGAUCAGGAGGCGCCUGAACUGAUUCGCGCAGUUAUCAUGGAUGCCCUUGGUGAAUUAUCUGUAAGAGUAAAAGAGAUAAAUAUCGUUGACUUGCUAACCAGGGACAUAGUCGAUUUGAUUGGCAAUCAUUUGGAACUUUUUAGACGAAACCAAGCUGCUAUAGGCAUUGAUGUUAUGAAGACGUUGUCAUCAGAGGAGAGAAAUGAAAGAUUGAAAUACCAUCUUACGGCUUCUGGGGAACUUUAUCCCGCGCUCGUGUCUACAGAGUGUGAGUACAAGGUUCUUCAACAGAUAGUGGCUGGGAUAUUAUCUGUGGUUCUCAGGCCACGGGAAGCUCAGUGCCCUCUCGUUCGAACAAUUGCUAGAGAGAUUGUUACUUGCUUGGUACUUCAACCUCUUUUGAAUUUAGUGUGCCCCGAGCGUAUUAAUGAGGUGAUUGAAAUCGUUAUCAACAUUAUCAAAGAGGGAGACUUUCAGCAGCUUUCGGGGGAAGCACAGAGUGUUGGAUCUGCCUCAAUGAACAGUUCAUCAUUUGAUAAUCAAGCGAAGAACAUGAAUUCUGCGAAAUUUGAUGAGCAGACAAAGUCAUCUCCAGACUAUGAAAAGUAUCAAUUGACCAUACAUCCACAUUCUGCUGAAUGGGCUCGUGUGCUCGAGGCAGCAACGCAAAGGAGAACAGAGGUUCUUGCUCCUGAAAACCUAGAAAACAUGUGGGCAAAAGGAAGAAACUAUAAGAAGAAAGAUUACAAAAAAUCUUUAAAACAGAAAGAUCAUGCCUCUAUGUCUCGAACUUCUACUGGAUCUGAAGGGAAAGCAAUUGCACGGUUACCCCCAAGAUCAAGUGUUGAUAAUCAGUUACAUGUCAGACAAGCGCAAUUGGCGGAGGAUUUUAAUAAAUCAUCUUCUUUCGAAGGGAACAGCUGCAUUUAUGAGGAUGAUCCUGCUUCUGAUGGAAGCAAAAUUAGGCUUAAAAGAUCCAACAGUACUUCUGAUCUUAAAGGGCAUCGUGAAACAACGCAGGGACAUGAGGGGUCUACUAUCACAGAGUUCUUCACCACAGAUUUUGUCAACCACAAUGAAAAAUACACUAGUGAUAAAAAAUCUCCAAACAUCUUUCUUCACAAAGAGGGACAACAUUCUCCAAAGCUCAAAUGUCAGGUUCGUGGUGCUUAUUUCGAGAAACUGGGAUCAAAAUCAUUCGCAGUAUACUCUAUUGCAGUGUCAGAUGCAGAAAACAGAACUUGGUUUGUUAAGAGAAGAUACCGUAAUUUUGAGCGGCUGCAUCGUCAGCUCAAAGAUAUCCCAAACUACAAUUUACAUUUGCCUCCUAAGCGAAUAUUCUCAUCAAGCACUGAGGAUGCUUUUGUUCAUCAGCGUUGUAUUCAGCUAGACAAAUAUCUGCAAGAUCUAUUGUCUAUAGCUAAUGUAGCUGAACAGCAUGAAGUUUGGGAUUUUCUGAGCAUUUCUUCGAAGAAUUAUUCUUUUGGGAAGUCUUCAUCAGUGAUGAAAACACUAGCAGUUAAUGUUGAUGAUGCAAUGGAUGACAUUGUGCGUCAGUUCAAAGGGGUUUCAGAUGGCCUUAUGCGGAAAGUUGUAGGUUCUCAGCUUGAAGAAAGUGCUUCUGUCCCUGCCCGACACCUCUCCUUGAGUGUACAUGACCUAAGCAGUCAUCUUCCUAGGCAAAUUACAUCAGAAUCAGUGAACAGCACAUCCGAUACAGAUGAUGUUGAUAAACUUGGAGAUAGCACUCAUGCGGAAAGUAGAUUUGAUUUAGGAGCUAAUGGGUGGCACUCAGAUAACGAAGUGAACUCUAAGAAUUUCCCACCAAGGGUGGUAAGGCGCCUUGGAGGACCCGAGAAGAAGUCACGUUCAGAGAAGGAAAACGAUUUUGAGGUUAAAGCUGAACAGAGGGGCUCUCUUGACUUGCAGCUUGCCGAUCCUUUGACAGCCUUGAUCCACAAUCCUACUGGCAUGCCGCCUGAGUGGACGCCACCCAAUGUCAGUGUGCCAAUACUUAACCUAGUCGAUAAGGUGUUUCAGUUGAAUAGAAGAGGUUGGUUAAGGAGACAAGUUUUCUGGAUAUCAAAACAAAUAUUACAGUUGGUUAUGGAAGAUGCUGUUGAUGACUUGCUCCUGGGGCAGAUCUGUUGGCUCAGGAAUGAAGACACAAUCGCCAAAGGGAUCCGCUGGGUUCAAGAUAUUCUUUGGCCAAACGGCGUCUUCUUCACCCGAGUUGGCGAUGCUCAGAGCAAAUCCGAUGAAAAUGACCAUGAUCAGAAACCGUUCCAAAUCGCCGGCCAAUUCAGCGGUCUAAAGGAAACGAAACCCAGCUCAUUUGAGCAGCAACUGGAGAGUGCCCGGAGAGCCAGUGACAUAAAGAAAUUUCUCUUUGAUGGAGCCCCGACGGCGUUGGUGGGAUUAGUAGGGCCCAAGCAGUACAGGAGAUGCGCCCGAGACAUCUUCUAUUUCACCCAGUCGAGUGUAUGCAUGAAGCAAGUCACAUACUCCAUACUCGAACUGCUACUCAGAUCUGUCCUCCCCGAGCUGGACGACCUCCUCAGAGACAUAAGGGAGAAAUCUGACAUGGAAUCCUGAGUGGAAAUUGUUUAUAUCUAUGGAGAAGCUCCCUGUUAGGAUGCGGGAUGGAUGGAGGGGUAAUGUCUCCUUUGCAAGUAGAGCGGCGUUGAUCAUGAAUAUUACAUCAAGGUAGUGCCAC